AUGCGGCAGCUGCGGGCCAUGGCGGCGGCCAGGAAUCGAGGCGGACCCCUCGACGGUCGCCUGCUGGUGCUGCUGCACGGCGCGGUGCUGGCGAUGGUGUCGAAAAAGUCCGGAGAGGAGCCCCUGACGCCGCAGCAGCGAAUCACAUACAUAUGCAUAUCCGUCGGCCUGACGCUGAUGGCCGGCUUGAUGAGCGGGCUGACGCUGGGGCUCAUGUCUAUGGACAUGGUGGAUUUAGAGGUCCUCCGCCGCAGCGGCACGCGGCGCGAGCAGCGCUACGCGGCCGGCAUCCUCCCGCUGGUGGCCAACCAGCACUUCCUGCUGUGCACGCUGCUGCUGUGCAACGCGGUGGCGAUGGAGGCGCUGCCGCUGUUCCUCGACCGCCUCGCAGACCCCGUCACGGCGAUCGUGAUAUCUGUGACGGCCGUGCUCGUGUACGGCCUGGCCAUCGGCUAUUACUCAGCGUGGCUGGUACGGCUGCUCAUGCUUGUGACGUCACCGGUCAUGUUCCGCCGCACCCAGCUUAAGGCUCUGGUUGAUAUCCACGGGGCGGACGAGGGGCUGGGGGGCAACCUGACGGGCGACGAGGUCAAAGUGAUCUGCGGAGCCCUCGACCUGACCAGCAAGACGGCGCGCAGGUCCAUGACCCCCCUGGGCAAGGUGUUCACACUCAGCAGCGAGGCGCGCCUGGACAAGCCCACGAUGCAGGCCAUCCUGGCCUCAGGCCACAGCAGGAUACCCGUGCACAGGGACGGCGACAA